AUGCCCGCUGUGCUUCGUGAGGCUGGAAUCUUUGGCGCUGGCGAGGCGACACCUAGAGGCGCAUUACCCUCGCGACAGCCCCGUCUGCCCCGUCACCUCUUGCUCGAGAUACUUCGCGCAUCCGAACUCUGUCCGCAACCACAUGAGAAUCAAGCACAGACGACAGUGGGAGAAAAUGAAAACUCUCAAGUGGAGCUGCGGCUGGACGAACUAAGAUUCCUGAUGAAAGACUUAUAG